UGAAGCAAGCUCGCUAGGAAGCCAUGGAGAUAGGGUCGUUGCCUCCGGGUGAGAGGCCGCACGCCGUGAUGAUGCCCUACCCGGCGCAGGGUCACGUCACGCCGAUGCUGACGCUGGCCAAGCUGCUCCACACCAGGGGCUUCCACGUCACCUUCGUCAACAACGAGUUCAACCACCUCCGCCUGCUACGCUCGCAGCAGUCCGCGGACACGCUAGGCCUACCGGCGUUCCGGUUCGCCACCAUCGCCGACGGCCUUCCACCGUCCGACCUUGAGGCCUCGCGGGACACUCCGGCGCUCAAGUACUCAAUCAUGACCACCUGCCUUCCCAGGUUCAAGGAGCUGGUCGUCAAGCUCAACGAGGAGGCUGAAACCUCCGGCGGCGCCCUCCCGCCUGUAACCUGCGUGGUGGCUGAUAGCUGCACGAGUUUCGCCCUUGGCGCCGCGAGAGAGCUCGGCCUCCCCUGCGCCACCUUCUGGACCGCCAGUGCCUGUGGUUUCAUGGGCUACUGCCACUACAAGGAGCUGCUUAACCGUGGGCUCUUCCCUCUCAAAGAAGAGGCUCAGUUGAGCAAUGGAUACUUGGACACGACGAUCGACUGGAUACCAGCGAUGCCCAAGGACCUGCGGUUGCGUGACCUCCCGAGCUACUGGCGCACCAUGGACCCUGAUGACAUCAUGUUCAAUUUCUUCAUCCACGAGAUACCGGCCAUGUCGCAGGCGUCAGGAGUGGUCAUCAACACCUGGGACGAGCUCGACGCACCCCUGCUCGAUGCCAUGUCCAAGCUCCUGCCGCCCGUCUACACAGUGGGGCCGCUCCAUCUGACGGCUCGCAACAACGUGCCAAAGGAGAGCCCUGUCACCGGCAUCGGGUCCAACCUGUUGAAGGAGCAGGACGCUGCCCUCCGGUGGCUCGACGGCCGGCCGCCGCGCUCCGUGGUGCACGUCAAUUUUGGGAGCACCACGGUGAUGUCAAAGGAUCAUAUGCUGGAAUUCGCGUGGGGGCUGGCCAACACCGGCUAUGCCUUCCUGUGGAACGUGCGGCCUGGCCUCGUCAAGGACGGCAUGGUCGCACUUCCGCCAGACUUCUAUGCAGCGAUGGAGGGGCGGAGCAUGCUGUCGACGUGGUGUCCGCAGCAGGAGGUGCUAGAGCACGAGGCCGUAGGGGUGUUCCUCACGCACUGCGGGUGGAACUCGUCGCUCGAGGGCAUCUGCGGUGGCGUGCCGAUGGUGUGCUGGCCAUUUUUCUCGGAGCAGCUGACCAACUGCCGUUACAAGUGCACGGAGUGGGGCAUCGGGAUGGAGAUUGGGGAUGACGUGAGGAGGACUGAGGUGGAGGCUGUGUUACGGGAGGCCAUGGAGGGGAAGAAGGGGCGAGAGAUGCGUCGACGCGUGCUGGAGCUCCGGGAGAGCGCUGUGGCCUCCGCGAGGCGUGAUGGAAGGUCCAUGCGCAAUGUUGAUAGCCUCAUCCAAGAGGUGCUGCUGGCUUCAAACAUGCCAAUUAAGCUGGUGAAUAAAUGAUUGAUUUGGAGAGUCUGAAGCGUUAAUUUUAGCUCGCAAAAUUAUCUUAUACUAGUAAGAUGCCCGUGCGUUACACAAAACAUCAAGAUGCAUUUGUAUGAGUAGUUUAUUUUGUGCGAGAAAAUGAUGAAACGAGGGAAGGCCCUUAUUUGUAAAUAUGGAGAGGGGUGUGGGUAUCUUUUACAAAAUUGUCAUAGUUUGCUUUCUAUCCGUGAGAUAUAAAUCGGACGAUCUAUAUUGCAGGAUGGCAGACACACCAUCAUCACCAACUCCGUUUUUUAUAACAUUUUUUAUAAGAGUAGAGAUUAUACUCCAGGACGGAGGGAGAGGGAGUAAGAAGUAGUAACCAAUCCAUUUCCAUUUUAGAGUUACAUAAGUAUUCGAAAGUUACAGAUUGCUACAGACUGUUCUGUUUUUGACAGAUUCUGUUUUUCGUGUGUUGUUUGCUUAUUUUGAUGAAUCUAUGAGUAGUAUCGGGGGGUAUGAACCAUAAGGAAGUUGGAAUACAGUAGGUUUAACAACAAUAUAAACAGAGAAUGAGUUCAUUACAGUACCUUAAAAAGGUGGUUUAUUUUUUUAUACUAAC